AUGAAUCAACCUGAAGUUAUCGACGCCAAUGAGCUGGAAGCGGCGCUUCAGGAAAGGGAACAAUGGCAAGGAGUUUGGCCUGCAGUUCGUGUCAUGGACUUUCAUGAUGGGAAAAUAACAAUUGAUCGUGCCUUUGAACUUGCUGCCGAGCUAGAGAUUUUUUUGCUACGAUUGAUUCUAUUAGAGACUCGUCAAGUCACUCCUAGUACAAAAAGCCCUAGGCAGGGCGAGAUUAUUUCCGCUGCUAUCAAUCCAGAAAUGCUAAGAUGUCUCCGAAAGCACGCAGGGCUAUUCAACACUUUCAUUGAGGCGACUUGCGGCAUCGGGCACUGGUACUCUGCGAAGCACAUGUGCUAUAGUAAUGAUUACAAAGAACAGCAAUACCAAAAGGAUUUCGGUACUGCAAUGCUCGUGUUAAACACAGUCCACAUUUUCUACGAAUACAUUCCCCAAGAGAAGAAGCACUCGUGCACUCAAAUCUCAAUAGCCAAAAGCUCAGCCACGUAUUUCUUCCUUGACCUUCCCGGAUCGGUGCUUGCGCGGUUUCUUGGAGAUGUAGCCGAGGAUGCUAAACUCACGACGCGCUUCUUUUACAUCGAUACCUUAAUUGCGGAUGAGGCAAUGAGGACAUGGCAGAAAGAUAUUGCCUUGAAGCGCACAGAGUUAAAAGCUCUAGACAAAACAGUCGAUCAUGCAGAGGUUAACAACCAAUCCAUCCAUGAGCUGCAUGCCCUGGCUCGGGACUGGCAUAUACUGGCACGGAAUCUGUCCGACUAUUCUGCGCUUCUGAAGUUCUUUAAGAGUUGCACGUCACGAUAUUAUGCGAUCACAACUACCUGCGCGAAUCUAUCGCCGCGAGACAUUAUGCCGUUGAACGGUACUCUCGAAUAUCUGGAUUCGAGUUGCCAGUCAUUGACCUACUUAAUCUCCGACUACAGCGGUCGAACCAAAACUCGGAUUGACUUGUUGUACCAUCUUGCCAACCAAGCAGAGAGCCAAUCGACCCGGGAGCUCGCCGAACUAGCACGGCAAGACAGCGCUGCGAUGCUCACCAUUGCAGCUGUCACUCUAUUAUUUCUGCCCGGCACGUUCAUUGCGGUAAAAAUAUCAUCAUCUUUGACAGUAUUUUCAGCACGAAGGCUAAUUGUCUACAUCUAG